AUAUCAAAUAUAGGAAUACGAAGAUGUCCUAAUUUUGUAUCUUUUCCAAAAGGAGGAUUGCGUGCCCCUAACCUUGCAACCUUUUCCCUCGAAGAUUGUGAGAGUCUGAGGUCAAUGCCUGAUAAGAUGCACCUCUUCAUUCCGUCUCUUCAUUAUUUGGAGAUAAAAGAUUGUCCAGAAAUUGAGUCGUUUCCAGAAGGUAGAUUGCCUUCCGAUCUGAAGGAAAUUGAGAUCCACGGCUGUAAGAAACUCAUUGAAAACUGGACGGGAUGGGGUUUGCAAAUGCUCCACUCUCUACAAUUAUUGAGAAUAGGUGGCGAUUCAGAAAAAGUGGAGUCUUUUCCUGGGGUAUUGUUGUUGCCCAGCACUCUUACCUAUCUUUACAUAUAUUCAUUUAAAAAUUUGAAAUCUUUGGACAAAGAGGGGUUUCAACACCUCACCUCCCUUGUACAAUUGUUGAUCAAAGACUGCCCCAAGCUCAAGAACAUGCCAGAAGAGGGCUUCCCUGCCUCCCUUCGUUUUUUACAGAUGAGAAAGUGUCUCGCGUUGGAGAAACAGUUGAAAAGGAAAGAGGGAAAAGAAUGGCUCAAGGUGGCCCGCGUCCGCAACAUAGUUAUUGAUGACGGACAAAUUCAAGGAAUUGAAAGGACAGCUCCCCAAAUGUCGUGGAUGACAUGUAGCCUUUGAGCUCCAGAUGGUUAGCACCAAUAACCCGAUGGAUUUUCUCCGUGUAGUCAGUUUCUCUUUGUUUGUACGUAAUUUGGUCAGUUCAUCGAUCUUCCCCAACAUUUGCAACUAAUUCUGGCUUGCUACACAAAAGGGAAUGAUCAAGACAAGGUACGUAUAAUGUGAGAUUGCCAUCCACUUUCUGAUUCGUAAAAAAUUGCAUGGCAAUGUUCCUUAUUCCUUUCUUCAACAUUUGGAGCGAGUGUUGUUGCUGCUGAUGCUUCAAUAUUCCAGGACAACGUCACCUCCCUUAACUACCAAUGCCACAUUAUUGACAUGGACGAACCACACCUGUGGUUCGAUUCUGAAAUAAGCAGAAUCCUCGCUGCAAAACCUCGAUACACUGAAGGCACUUCUAAAAGAACGCCAGUAUCCAACUGUGGCAGGGGUAAAAAGUACAUUUCGUGCAGGCCCCUGAAAUCUCAAAGUGGCAGCAUAGGAGAAAUGUGUGGCAGCUACUACAAACGCAAUUGCUAGACCUGAAUUAAGUGUAGGAUAUAAUAUGCGUUCUAUUUCUUUAAAUUUUCUCUUAGUUUUUGCUUUCCCUUUACUGAGCAUUUUUGCUCAAAUAUUGAUGUGGCUUGAUGUGAUUCAUCAGAUUCUAAAAUUAUUUUUGUUAUAAAUGAGAACUAACGAAUAAGAUAAAACUACGGAUUGUUUUUAUGUAA